AUGGCCACCGCAAAACUCCGUCCCAGCAAGCGCUCCUCCACCGGUUCCCAUACAUCCACCGUCACCACCCUUGUAUUUGUCUGCAUAUGCGGUUUAGGUCUCUGGAUGCUAACUUCUAACUCCUAUGUUUCCCCUAACAAGUCCACCACCAGAGUCUCUGACUCCGCUGCUUCCGAACUCCGUUCACGUAAAAUCCCCAUCGAUAGUCCCGUUUUCGAAGACAAUCCCGGCAAUCUCCCCGAGGAUGCCAUCAAAACCGACGAUGCUUCCGCAUCACGCAACAAUGAUCCCACUGUUGGCUCAAAUGAAACCAAAAAUACUACUGAGGGCAAUGCUGAUGAGAUAGGAAAUCGAGAAGAUAUUAAGAAACAGGACGAAACUGCGAAGGAACACCAGACGGAUAUGUCGGGUUCAGAAGUUGACAAACAACCGGAAGUUGAUGAAGAACUGAUACGCAAAACAGAAGGGAAGGCUGGGAAGGAACACCAGACAGAAAUGCCAUUGGAUACGGAAGUCGACAAGCACCCAGAGGUGGAUGAAGAACCGAAAACAGAAGAUAUAGAAAAGGGAAAAGACACAAAGCAACAGGACAAAGCUGUGAAGGAACAUGAGACGGAAACGUUGGGUUCAGAAGUUGGCAAAGCCCCGCGUAUGUCAGAGGUUGACGAAGAACCUAAAAUCAAAACAGAAGAGGUUCAAAUAUCAGAGGAAAGUACAAUGACUCAAAAUCAACGAAUUGAGGAGAUCCCAAUGGUUAAGAACACUACUGCAGAUGAAGAUCAUCUGAGAGGAAAAAGCGACCAUGUGGAGAACAAUGAAGAACACCAUAUAACAGAGGAAGAACAAGAAAACAGAAUGGAGAAACACCAGCAACAACAAGAAGAAUCCCAAAAUGAGGAAACAAGUACGGAUCAAACACAACACGAUGAAGAGAACACGAAUGAACCUCAUCCAGCAAACAAGAUGGAAGCGCCAAUGGAAGAAACCACCACCAUAACACCUGAUAAAGAUUCAAAUGCAGCAAUCACGGUGGACGAGAGGUCUUCUGGAAUACCGAAGGAAUCCCAUGAAUCAAAGAAAGGAUGGAAAACUCAAGCGGGUGAGUCCAACAACCAAAAAGAGCGGCGACAAGGAAGAAAUAAUGUAGCUGGUCUGGCGGCUGAUCACAAGUGGGAGUUAUGCAACGUUACGACUGGAACAGAGUAUAUACCUUGUUUGGACAAUGAAAACGCAAUCAGGAAAUUGGCUAGUAAGAGUCACUUUGAGCAUCGGGAGAGGCAUUGCCCGGAAGAGGGUCCAAUGUGCCUUGUCCCCAUACCGGAGGGUUACAAGACACCUAUCCCAUGGCCUCAUAGCAGAGAUAAGAUCUGGUUCCAUAAUGUACCAUACAAGUCCUUGGCAGAUAUAGAGGGGCACCAAAAUUGGAUGAGGGUGAACGGGGAAUUCCUUACUUUCCCAGAAGGUGGAACUCAAUCUAAUAAUGGUGCUCUACACUAUAUUGACGUGCUACAAGAGGCUGUGCCUGAAAUAGCAUGGGGAAAGCACACUAGAGUAGUUUUAGAUGUAGGGUGUGGUGUAGCAAGUUUUGGAGGUUACCUUUUCGACAGAGACGUCCUCGCAAUGUCGUUCGGCUCUAACGAUGAACAUGAUGCUCAAAUCCAGUUUGCUUUGGAAAGAGGAAUACCUGCAAUCUCUGCUGUGAUGGGUACUCGACGCCUUCCGUUUCCGAGCAAGGUUUUUGAUCUCGUACACUGUGCCCAUUGUAGAGUACCCUGGCACAAAGAAGGUGGCAUGCUUCUUUUGGAGCUUAAUCGUUUGCUUCGCCCAGGAGGUUAUUUUGUUUGGUCAGCAACUCCUGUUUACCAAAAUCAUGAAGAGGAUGUGCAAAUAUGGGAAGAGAUGUCUGCUCUAACUGUUGCAAUGUGUUGGGAGCUUCUCAAUAUCACAAAGGAUAAACACAAUUCAGUUGGAGUUGCAAUCUAUCGCAAACCAGAAUCAAAUGAAUGCUACAAUGGAAGAAAGAAACAAGAACCAGCAAUGUGUAAACCAGAUGAUGAUCCAAAUGCUGCAUGGUACAUACCUCUUCAGGCAUGUAUGCACAACAGCCCAAUGGUGGACACAGAGAGAGGUUCUCGAUGGCCUGAAGACUGGCCAGGUCGAGUUCAAACACCUCCAUACUGGCUAAGAACAUCACAGAUGGGAAUCUACGGUAGACCAGCUCCAGAUGAUUUUAUAACAGACUAUCACCAUUGGAAACGAGUUGUCAGUAAAUCAUAUAUGAGUGACUUAGGAUUCAACUGGGCUGAUGUAAGAAAUGUUAUGGACAUGAGAGCUGUUUAUGGCGGGUUUGCUGCAGCAUUAAAGGACCUGAAAUUAUGGGUGCUGAAUGUCGUGAGCACAAACUCUCCUGAUACACUGCCAAUAAUAUUUGAGAGGGGUCUUUUCGGAAUUUACCAUGAUUGGUGUGAAUCUUUUAGCACGUACCCUCGGACUUACGAUCUCCUUCAUGCAGAUCAUCUCUUUUCCAUGCUGAAAAAGAGGUGCAAGAUCGCACCUGUCAUGGUAGAGGUUGACAGAAUUGUGAGACCAGGAGGGAAACUUAUUGUUCGAGAUGAGUCCAGCACGAUAGGGGAAGUCGAGAACCUGUUGAAGUCACUACACUGGGAUGUCCACUUAACGUUUUCUGAUAAUCAAGAAGGAAUACUCAGUGCCCAAAAGUCUACUUGGAGGCCAACAGAUCUGCAACAUCUUCAUGAUCCUCAUCAUCAGAGUCCACAUAUACAAAUAGAGAAUUCUAAUUUUCUCGGGUCCUACAAUCUUGGAAAAUAAAUUCAGUUGGUAAAACACAUGAAAGAAAUACAGAGACAAACAAUACAAUAUUCUUAGACUAUAGUUUUGCUCCAAC